AUGCUGGCUAUGUGCAUGAGGAAAUGCAACGCCGAGGUCCACAGUCUGCGUAGCGGGGCGUACCGCGUGGUCAGGAAGUGCCAGGUCAGCAGUACCGACACAACUUGCAUUAUCCGGAACCUGAACAUCUACACCUCGUUAGUAUCAAUGGAUAACCGCCGCCAAAUAUCGAGUAAUUUAAUCAGCGCCAGGGAGUCGCUGGCUGCUAGCAGCGGCCAUAGAUAA